UAAUUCUAUUGACGGUUCAUAGAGUUUGGCUCCCCCAAGGCCCAAGUCCAUUCCAUUCCAUGCGAAUGAACAAGUAAAUACAAUCUGCUAAUCUCAUGUUGCCUGACCAUCCGCACACGCCCCCUCACUCCCGUUCCCUUUGCUUUCCCUUUGCUGGCUUUGCUCUGCUGUUCCUAAUUUGUUCCAGAGGUUCCAAUCGUUUCGUUCGUUCCCUUCACCAUCUUCAUAUCCGAUACAUCUCCCACUUUUCUCCCUUUCCCUCUCUUCCCUUUCUCCUCCUUUUUUUCUUCUCAACAUCACCAACUUACCCUUUCUCAACUUUCAACCGUCCCAAACCAUUCCGCGCCAUCGCUUUCGAUUCUACUUUCAUCAGACCCGAAUUCCCUCAACCUUCUGCAUUCAGUAUUCGAUACCAGAUCAUCACUUAACCGGCACUGCAUGCACCGACGGUCCGAUACGAUUUCCGUUCUCUUCGAGGUGGUGAGAGAGGAGUUGAGUGGAGGCCAUUUGCUCCGUGUUAUCGCGCUGGGGGAUCGUGUGAGAGAGACUCAGGCGCGCGUUGAGGUUCCUGGUUUCAACUUGGGAGCAUUUCCCGAUCUGAAACACCUUGUACACCAGCUGCUCCCCCAAGUCAUCCAU